UCUUUAAUGUUCUUCAGUUUUUUUAUUUUUAAAUUCAAAAUAAAAAGUUCUUAUGGUGGUGGGGGCAGUGGUGCUGAUUCUAAAGCAUUAGAUAAGACUUCACAAACAUUCUGAGUUUUGUAUUUUUGUGAGAACAUUGUGUUGGUACUAUGGCAGGCAAAAAUUAGGAAAAAACAAAUCAUAUUUUUGCUUUGGCGUUUUUUUUGUGUUUUUGUUAGCUAAAUAGGGUAAAGGGUUCUUGGAUUUUCUGUCAAACUUGUACUUGUUCACGUCACUAAUGCUUUUUACACGGUAUUUGCACUGUUUACGUUAAAUGUUUUUUUUACCUUGCCUUUUGUAUACGUAGCUGAACUUUGAGUCAUUUCAUUGUGCCACAUGAAAGUUAAUUCGACAGUUUCUUUGGUUCAUUAUUCUGGUGUUUGCUAAUUGCUUUCUCAAAAAAGGCAGUUUAAAAGUUUAUAUAAAUGUAUAAACAUUUAGAGUGGAGGUAUUUGGAAGAUAAAGAAUUAGUGGAAGGGCGGUGGUGUCAGUGGAUUGCAAGUGGGAUUGCUUCUUGAUUUUUCAGAACUAUAAUUAGCAUUUAACAGAUACAGAAAACGAGUAAAGAAGUCAAAUUUUGUAGUUGAAGGCCCAAGAAUACAUUAUUUUUCUUCUGGGGUUGCUGUUUCUUUCCUUGAAGAUGAAGUUUAUGAAACUUGGAUCUAAACCUGAUCAGUUUCAGACUGAAGGAGAUAAUAUCAGGUAUGUAGCAACUGAAUUGGCAACUGACAUGGUCAUCAAUGUUGGAAAUGUGAAAUUUUACCUCCACAAGUUCCCGCUUCUGUCGAAGAGUUAUCGCUUGCAGAAGCUGGUUGCUUGUACAAACGAGGAAAAUAGUGAUGAAAUCAACAUCCACGAUAUACCUGGUGGACCCGCUGCUUUUGAAGUAUGCGCAAAGUUCUGUUAUAAUAUGACAGUAACUUUGAAUGCAUAUAAUGUCGUUGCAGCUCGUUGUGCAGCAGAGUACUUGGAAAUGUAUGAGUCAGUUGAGAAGGGAAAUCUUAUCUACAAGAUUGAAGUUUUUCUUACUUCUGGCAUCUUUCGGAGCUGGAAAGACUCCAUCAUUGUUCUUCAGACCACAAAAGCUUUUCUUCCCUGGUCUGAGGAAUUAAAAAUUGUUAGUCAUUGCCUUGAAUCUGUAACAUCUAAAGCUUCCAUGGACCCCUCAGAGGUCAACUGGUCUUACACUUAUAACCCUAAAAAGCUUCCAUCUGAAAUAGUGAACUGGCAGCCGCUUGUUCCGAGAGACUGGUGGGUUGAGGACCUUUGUGAGCUUCAUAUUGAUUUGUAUAACCGGGUCAUAUCAACAAUAAAAACAAAAGGCAGUGUGUCUUCAGAAGCAAUAGGUGAAGCAUUGAAAGCAUAUGUCGACAGGAGGGUGCCGGGUAAUAUACAGGGAAGUGAUCCUGCAAAGUAUCGAUACUUGAUUGAUAUGAUAACUUGGUUGUUGCCCAAAGAGAAGAACAGUGUUUCCUUCAGUCUCUUGAUCAAAUUGCUGCAGAUGUCUAUUGCAUUGGAAUGUGGACAAACAGUGAGAAGUGAACUGAAGAGGAGGAUCGGCCUGCAUAUGGAAGAUGCAACAGUAGGUGACCUCCUAAUUCGAGCUCCAGAUACUGAAACUGUUAUAUUCGAUAUCGACCUAGUACACAACCUCGUAGAGAAUUUCUUAAUUCAUCAAAAGAGCGAUCAUAAUGAUUGUUCUGAGGAUAUAUGCCCUGCAUUUGCAUCAGAUGAUUCUGAAGUUAAGAUGGCUAGGGUAAUUGAUGGAUACCUUGCUGAAGUUGCUAAAGAUCCAAAUUUACCACUAUCGAAAUUUGUCAAUCUUGCAGAAUUGGUCUCCAGCGUAUCUAGACCUUCUCAUGAUGGGAUUUACCGUGCUAUUGACAUGUAUCUUAAGGAACAUCCUGGGAUUACCAAAAGCGAGAGAAAAAGAAUUUGUAGGCUAAUGGACUGCAGGAAGCUAUCAGCUGAGGCCUGCGUACAUGCUGUGCAGAAUGAACGCCUUCCUUUACGAGUCGUUGUACAAGUUCUGUUCUUUGAGCAAGUCAGAGCCACAUCAUCAUCAGGUGGCGGUAGUACUCCUGACCGGACCAGAUCGGUUAAUGCUUUGCUCCCCGUGGGAUCUCAGGGGAGCUCCAACACAGGGGACGGCUGGGAUGCUGUGGCCAAAGCAAAUGAGAUUAAAGCUCUGAAAGGUGAGCUUGCUACUCUAAGAUUGAGAGACAGAGAAGAACUUAAAACGAAUGCUGAAAAGGUUGACGGUAGCAAAGUGAAGGGUUCAAUCGUGUCCAAAAAAAUGUUGUCAAAGCUGUGGUCAAAUAAAGAUAGACAAAGUGAGAUUAGCAGCUCAGAUACAUCAGAAAGCCCAUCAUCAUCUUCUAAUGCAGGGGAAACAAAGUCUACCUCAUGUAGAAGUAGGAGGCAUUCCCUGUCUUAGAGUGUGUUCUGUACGAAGGAAAUGUUUUUCAGGAACAUAAGUGAGUUCCUCACUUAUUAUCUUGUGUUCGGUAUUAGCUGAAAAGCAGUCCCCAGGGAUUUGGUUGUGGUAAGAGCGCCACAUGUAUUAGGUGCAGGUCUCGAGUUCGAAAAUGGACGUGGACUAAUGCCUGGUAUUUAAGUGGAGAAAGGUAGGGGCAGGACCAUUAUCUACCGAGUUUCAAACCUUGUGUUGGCCCUCAGAGAUUUUUCGGUAAUUAAGAAAAAUGCAUUAGCUGCAGAGGAAACAUAGUUUCCCUCAUCAUGUAAAAUGUUUCAGUCCCUGUUGACUCUAGGAUUAGAGAAACUAAAUCUGUCACUAACCUUGAAAUAUAAAAGAGAGAAAUCCCUUUUAUGUUUUAGUAUUUGAUUCAAAUGUGUUUGCAAGGUAGAUCAGCUUAGGACUUGCCAUUGCAAAAUCUAAUUUCCAGUUUUUCCAAUGUAUUUUAUAAUCCACUCAAGAGAAAGUAUAGGUUUCACUUGAUUAUAGAUUAUCUAGCGAAGGAAAGUCUUUUGUAGAAGGAAACAAAUCGUAUGGUAGGUUUCAAAUUCUUUCCCUUAAAGUUGGCUCUUUUAGCCAAUUGUAUCAUAUUCUUGAGAAUAAGAAUCUCUACAAUGCUCUU